AUGACGACAAUGCAAAAGAUUCUCAAGAAGAUCGUCCACAAUGAGUCCAUGGAGACGGACCCCGCAGAGAUCUACGGCUGGAGAGUCUUCGCACUCGCCGCCUCUGCCUGCUUCGGCGCCAUGUCAUUCGGCUGGGAUAGUUCCGUCAUUGGUGGUGUCGUUGUCAUGGAGCCCUUUAAGAACGACUACGGACUCAAGGAUGCCAACCCCGUAGAAACCGCCAACUUGACUGGUAACAUUGUGUCCACUCUUCAAGCCGGAUGCUUGGUCGGUGCUCUUCUCGCCUCCCCCAUGACGGACCGAUUUGGUCGCAAGUGGUGUCUCGUUACUGUCGCUGCCAUCAUCCUCGUCGGCGUUGUCCUCCAGGCUGUCUCUUCCGGUAGAAUCGCUGCCAUCUUCGUCGGUCGCUUCAUCGCAGGUCUCGGUGUCGGCGGUGCCUCUUCCAUCAACCCUCUCUACGUCUCCGAAAACGCGCCUCGUGCCAUCCGUGGUCUCCUCACUGGCAUGUACCAACUAUUCAUCGUCACAGGAGGUAUGAUUGCCUUCUGGAUCAACUACGGCGCCGAGGUCAACUUGACGGGAAAGACCAUGUACAUCUUCCCUCUCGCCAUCCAGGGCCUGCCCAGUCUGAUGCUUCUCAUCUGCAUGCUCUUCUGCAACGAAUCUCCCAGAUGGCUGGCCCGCCAGGACAAGUGGGAAGAAGCCAAGAAGAUUCUCUCCACCCUUCGCAACCUGCCCGAAAACCACCCCUACCUCGAAGAUGAGUUCCAGGAGAUUGUUGACCAGCUCCAACAUGAGAGACAGCUCAUUGGCAACGCCACCUUCAAGAACCUGCAAAAGGAGAUGUGGACCAUCAAGGGCAACCGCAACCGUGCUCUCAUCUCCAUCUUCCUCAUGAUCUGCCAGCAAAUGACGGGAACCAACGCUAUCAACACUUACGCCCCUACCAUCUUCAAGAACCUCGGUGUCACCGGUCGCUCCACGCCUCUUCUGUCAACUGGUGUCUACGGAAUCGUCAAGGUUCUUGCCUGCAUCUGCUUCUUGCUCUUCAUGGCCGACUCUCUUGGCCGUCGUCGCUCGCUUCUCUGGACGUCAAUCGCCCAAGGCUGCUGCAUGUUCUACAUUGGUCUCUACGUCCGCAUCUCCCCGCCCAUUGCCGGACAGCCUGUGCCAGGUGCUGGCUACAUGGCUCUAGUCGCCAUCUUCCUGUUCGCCGCAUUCUUCCAAUUUGGUUGGGGUCCGGCCUGCUGGAUUUACGCCUCUGAAAUCCCGGCAGCUCGUCUUCGUUCCCAGAAUGUCGCUCUUGCUGCCGCCACCCAGUGGCUCUUCAACCUCAUCGUUGCCCGUACUGUCCCUAACAUGCUGGCUACUGUCGGUGAUCACGGCUACGGAACCUACCUCAUCUUCGGAAGCUUCUGUUUCUCCAUGUUCUUCUUCGUCUGGUUCUUCGUCCCCGAGACCAAGGGUAUCUCCCUCGAGCACAUGGAUGCUCUGUUCGGUGUCACCGAUUACGAUUCUGACAAGAACUUGAACCACGACAACGUGAGCGAGACCAAGGGCUCCCCGGCCGAGAUUCAGGUCGAGUCUACCAACCCCGCCCACGCCCACGUCCGCAAGGAGUCGGCCUAG